AUAAUGACCCAUCUGCUUCUGCUGUCUAUGAGGCACUUUCUAUAGGGAUGGAAAUUAAUGACAGUUUCUCUGAGCUGCCUGAUGUCAGAGCCGGGAAAGGUGUGAAGAGUAUAUAAGAGCUGGAUUACUCAUUGGCAAGUGUGGGGGCAAAUACUCCAGUGGAUGCAAGCUUGGGAUUGUUUAUAAAGCUUUCUUACCAUUAGAGGCAUUCUCUGAUAUUACUGACGCUGAAACACUAAAAGAAAAUUUGAGAAGCAAUGUGCCUCCUGAAACUUCCAGUAGUUCUCAUUGUGCUCUUGGUUGCACUACACCAUCUGAAAGCUACCCCCAUUGAAAGUAACCAAGUGGAAAAGCGGAAAUGCAACACUGCCACAUGUGCGACCCAACGCCUGGCAAAUUUCUUAAUUCGUUCCAGUAACAAUCUUGGUGCCAUUCUUUCUCCUACCAAUGUGGGAUCCAAUACAUAUGGAAAGAGGAACACAAUUGAUAUUUUAAACAGGGAACCAUUGAAUUACUUACCCUUUUAGAGGUCAAUGUACCUCUAGAAUUCUUUUUGUUUCAUGUACAAAUAUUCUAGUGAUUUCCUGUGUAAUUUAACAUUAGCAUGAACCUGCGUCUGUAUGUCCCAUGUUUGUUGCCAGUACAUAUAAAUUGUCUUGAAAAGAAUUGUUU